AUACAAUUGUAAUUAUCGUUCUUUACAGGGACCCCCAAUCGUCCUUUGCCAAGUGAGAUAGAAAAUACUACAGUGAAAUGAUUUCGUUACCUAAAAGCACUGUUGUGCAAGCUAUCGUUAAAGCGGUUCCGAGGGGGAACCCAGCAUCUGUAGGCCUUCCAACCAUUACAUCUGUUUCUAAAGUUACAGUUGAACAGCCACCUCUAAGGAUUUCAAGUUUUUCUCUUUCUCAAUUGAUACCGAGAAACUCGAUUGCCGUAAGCUCAUCCAUUGCAGGUGAAGUUUUUAUUUAAAAACAAAAUAAAUGUAUAACCCAUUUCUCUCAUACUCUUAUAACACCCUUUAUAAAAAUCAGUUAGGUUAUUGGACCUUUUUAGAAGGAACACCAUAUUUAACUAUUCAAAUAUAGUUAUUAUACCUCAAAAUCAAAAUGUGUAUGGGGAAAUGGGAGUGGACACAGGAGAAUCUAAGUUUUUAAUUUUUGGACUUUGGUGCUUUUUCAUUAAUGAAAAUACUAUUUGUCAUAAAAUUUACUAUAUUAUCCGCACCAUGACGUUUCCCACGUCACAGGUUAUGGCAACCAGGUGGCGGGCGUGUAAAAAACACAGGUCUGCUAAAAUCACUAGUGGAAAGGCGUGAGAAUGUGCUGAGAUAAAAUGAAAAUGGGGAAAAAACGUUAAGAUCUAAUGAAGUAAUUUCAGCCUGUACGUAAAUAUUGGGGUGAGGCGGAGCUACUUUAUUAACUUUAUUGUACCAAUCUAGUUAUUGGGCAAGAAGUGCCAAUGACCUGCGUUGACCAACACACUCACGUAAUUUCAGCCAGUAUAUGCUGCUUCCCCUCAACUAAAACAUGUGUGCGGCUUCAGUUACACACUAUGGUAAAAAAAAAAAAAAUGUAAGAAAUGAAGAAAAAUAAUACAAAAUAAUUUUAAAAUAACGAAAACCCAAAUUACAGUUUCAUAGAAUACACUCUAACACACUUUAUUUCUUGUUCCUAAAUCCAAAAGUUGUCAGAAAAUCAAUGCAAACUCAUUUUCCAAAAUGCCGGAAAAUUUAGCCUAACAAACCAAUGACAUUUUAAUUUAAAAGAUUUCAAUGGUCCAAUUAAAGAAAAGUUUACGCUAUUAACAACACAAGAAUAAAUAAAAGGGAGAGAAUCCAACAUGCACAUAAGUCAUGGCGAGGGUUGGGGAAAUUGAACAAAUUGUGAUAUUUUUCCCCAUGUUCACAAUAUGGGACAUACUGACCUACAUUCCAACCUACUGUUAUGCAUUUUUUUGAUCAACCUUAAUUUUGGAAAUUUGUAGGGAUAUAUUAGACAUCUUUCCCUAAAAAUUUUAAAAGAAAUUUAACAAACAAGUCUUUCAUAUUAAAUACUGAAAUGCAUUAUUUAUUGAUUUAUAUGUGUGGCAAUGCUCAUUGAUGUAGGUCAUGUGCAACGUUCAUUAUGCUUGUCCCAGUAACCUGCUUUAUCAUGGUCAAAAGGUCCCUCAGCCCAAUUUGACCACACCCCCUCUUUAAUGGCAUAAGAUGCUGAUACUUAGGAAAUAUUCAGUAUUACCACUAUUUACAUCAAAACACAACACUAAAAUUUGGCCUACACACAUGCCAUAACACUAGCUAAUUACUAACAAUUCUUUAAAACACAAUGGAAAUUUUCUUCAAUAAUGUAUAAGGGACAACACUUAGAAAUUUGUAUGGGAAAUGGACAUCAGCAUAAUUAAAUCAGAGUUUUGAAUUUUCUCAUGUGAGUGCAAUUUUAUUAAGACAGGAGACCUUUUGACACAUAAUUAAGUCUUGACUCUGCCCUCUUGCCAUUUAUAUGUAAGGCCUACAUUCCCAUUGAGUUGUAUGUUCUUUAGACAGAUCGAUUGUUAUUUUGGAAAAUUCUAUGUCAAUAUAAGUUAUCUGCCCAUAUAAUGAUUCUGUCGAAAUAUACAAUUUAUGUCUUUCACUUUCAUGCUACUUCUUUGUAAGCAAUAUUUAUUGAUGCCUCUAUGAUAAAAAUUUCAUUGUGGUUGGUCAUGAAACAUUUUUGCCAUGCUCCUCAGAUAAAGAAGGGUGGAAGACGCCAGUACUUAGCUUAUAAAAUACUUAAUUAUUAUUACAUUAUACAUCAAUUUAUUUGAAAACUUGGGUUUUGUAAUAAAUUUUAGAAGGUAUUUUAAUAAGAAUAAUUUCAUUUGAGGUUUAAAAAACCAGUUUAAAUUCAAUUUACUGACAAAACAUCGCAGAUAGGUUACAAUUUAUUUAAAACUGCAUAUCGUUUUAAAAUUACUUUUUAAAAUUAUAAAUUUUAAUAUAGCAUUAAUCCUGAAAAUGAAAGUAGUAUUAAAUCAUCAUUACAACAUGAGUUAUAGCACAUGAUACAAACAAUGGAAUAGGGUAACAUGAUGUGGAAAAGCGGUCCAUGGUAAAAAAAGGAAUAUUUAUUGGUAACUUUGUAUGUAAUAUGUUUUCAUUUUAAUUAAAUAGAUUGAUAACAGUGUUGAUUUUUCUCCCCCAACAACCCAAUAAAAAAUAUUCAAGAUCAACAAAUGUUUUAAAAAAAUGAGAGAUCAGAGAGCAUACAUUUUCUUUUCUUUUUACUAGGCUCCAGCCAGGUUCGAUAUGCCCAUACAGACUUAAAAGUUCCAGAUUUCUCAGAAUAUAGACGUGAUCAAGUGAAGAGACCUGAUGUUAAAUCAGCUGAUUCUGGACCUGAGAGGAAACUGACAUCUUAUUUAGUUGUAGGAGGUGAUACAUUUUUGAGACAGAAUUUUAUUUCAGUUUAUUUUUUAAAAUAUUUAAGAUAAAUAAGUCUUUCUUCAAAACCUUUCAGUUACAUCGGAAAACCAAAAAUUGUGAGUCUGUCAACUUAGAAAAGUGUACUAUAAUAAUGCACCUAUUUGAUUUAUUUUCUAUGCAGCUGGUGCGGUCACUUGUGUCUAUGGUGCCAAAGCCAUAGUUCGUGCGCUGGUUUCUAAUCUUGGGUUUUCCGCUGAUGCGUUGGCCAUAUCCAAAGUUGAAAUCAAGCUUUCAGACAUACCAGAAGGUCGAAAUGUAACAAUAACAUGGAGAGGCAAACCUUUAUUUGUCAAGCACAGAACAGAUGAAGAGAUCGCUAAUGAGGCUUCUGUGGAUUUAUCCCAACUAAGAGAUCCUCAAUUAGACACAGAAAGAGUCCAAAACCCAAAAUUUCUUAUCCUUGUGGGAGUCUGCACACAUUUAGGUAUGAAAUUUUCUGAUGGACAGUUUUAAUAAAAAAUGUUAAAGAAAAUGUUAAAAAAAGUAUACUCUAGGUAAAACAACUAAAUUUGUGUCUUUCUUAUUACAGGCUGUGUGCCCAUUGCUGAUGCAGGGGACUUUGCUGGGGGCUACUUCUGUCCAUGCCAUGGUUCUCACUAUGAUGGCUCCGGGAGGAUCAGGAAAGGUCCUGCUCCACUCAACCUAGAAGUUCCCAAAUAUGAAUUCAUUGAUGAUACCACUGUAGUUGUAGGUUGAUAUUAAAUAAAGAUAUUUAUAUUAAAAGGAUAAAAUAAAAUGCAGAUGUGCUUAAAUUGUCUAAUGACAAUGCUGGAAGUUGUUUUUUUUAAAAGUAUUAGUUGUAAAACAUUUUAAAGCUAUUAUUGGCUUUUAAUGAGUUAAAUUAAGAAUUGCAAAGUAUAAAUUAAUAUUUAGAUAUAGACUUUCAACUUGUAAUUGUGUAUUAUUUUAAAAGAUAGCUGCAGGAUUUCAACUUGUUUAAAAAUGUACCUUGACAAAAAAUAUUGGCUUUCAUUUAAAUUCAUAGUGCAUGAAAUGAAACCAGAAUUAAAUAAGAACUUAAAUUUUGGCUUUUUAAGAUUACUUAUUUAUUAUUUAUAUGUUCUGUGAACCAAGUUUUAUUAAAAAAACAUUUUGCCUUCAAUAUUUGGUGUAAAUUUUGUGAUGAAAUGUUGAAUGCUAUAUAUUUUCCAUCACGUUUAGUUAAGUUUUGUCUUGACUUAAACUUAAGGCCAUACAAAAAGCCCUGUGCCGUUCAGAAAUAAAAAAAACCUCCUCGUUACGAUCAAUCACAGUGGACUUACUUUUCCUCUCUUCCGUCCCAAUUUUCUGUAUUACAUCGCACACCUACUUAUGUUUUGUCAGAUUCUUUUUGCUUUUUUAUUAGAUACUACAUUGCAGUCAAGUUUAUUUUAAUUUUAUAUUGUUGUUUGUUUGCUGAAGAAGGCCUCUUGCAAAACCAUUUGUUUGGUUGCAUCUUAUUUUUUUCAAGGUUUCCCAUACCUUGUUUCGUUCAUUUCCUUGUAAUUUUUAAGCAACAUUAAAAAAAAAGUUACAAA